ACAGCAGUCAGUGUUUUUAUUUAUUAGUUACAGCAGACAUUCAUCAGCAUGAGCAACGUCUACAAGAAGACAACCAUGUGAUUUAACCGCCAUUUUAUUUCUAAGCUAUUCAGACAUUAGCGUGCACGUUUAGCUGGGAGGGACCUCAGUUAGCUAGGCUUGAUAAACAAACCGGUAUUUCCUUCAAAGCUGACAUUUCAGCCAGAGACUCGACACAAAGGCUGCGGUGUAAGAAUAUUUUUGUUUAGGUGAAGGCAAGCUCUUCUCUCAGGAACACAUUUAGUCCGGCGAUCACCAUGAAUGACCAAAAGCCAAGACUUCCACCUCGCAGACCAGUUCUGCUCCAUGAAGGACCUCCAAAACUAUACCGUCUGCAUACAGAGAGGAAAUCUCUUGAUGAAAACUGUAAAGUCCGAAAAUGGACUUAUGGAGAAAAAGACACCAGUAAACCAAACAAAAUCAUUCUGCUGGUGGGAGAGACCGGCGCUGGUAAGACGACUCUAAUCAACUCCAUGGUCAACUAUGUACUCGGGGUGAAGUUUGAGGAUGAAAAGUGGUAUGAAAUCACAGAAGAAGAAUCCAGAGAUCAAGCAGAAUCACAAACCUCUGAAAUCACCAUGUAUGAGGUCUGUCCUUCGAAGAGUCCCAUGUCUCUCACCAUCAUUGAUACUCCAGGCUACGGAGACACUAGAGGACUGGACAAAGACCUAGAAGUCGCUGAGAAUUUAUCUGCACUGUUUCAGAGCAGGCAUGGAGUUUGUGAAGUUGACGCCGUGUGUUUUGUGACUCAAGCAACUAAGAAUCGUCUCUCAGACCGACAGCAUUACAUUAUCAGUUCAAUUCUGUCUUUGUUUGGGAAAGACAUUGUGAACAACAUUGUGUUUUUAAUCACACACUCUGAUGGUCUUCCACCCCAAAAUGUCUUCUGCGGCAUCAAAAAAGCUAGAAUCCCCUGCAGACGAGACAAAAAUGACCAGCCUGUUCAUUUCUUAUUCAACAACAGGCAGACUGAAGAACGUCACACUAAAGAACGGCACGUUCGAGCUCAAAGAGACGCCUGGGAAGACAGUAUGAAUGGCAUGAAGAAUUUGCUUCAAUCUUUGAAUGAAAUGAAGAGAAGAAGUUUAGAGUUGACUUCAGAUGUCCUGAUCGAGCGCAUUCAAUUUGAAGCAUCCAUCUGCAACUUACAGCUGCGAGUUCAAGAGAAAGAGCUGAAAAUAGCUGAAAAAUGUCAGAUUCAAGAGGCAAUGAUGCAAAACAAGGAAAAGAUAGAUCAGUGUAAAAACUUCACUAUUAAAGUAAAAAAGACCGUCAAACAGAAGGUGCCCAUUGAGAGUAAGUCGUGGAAGAACAGGAAGGCGACGACCUGCACCGUCUGUGAGGAAAACUGUCAUGAGUUUGACUGCUGGUGGGUUUCUAAUCCCAGCAAAUGUGAAGUUAUGAAAAAAGGCUACUGCACUGUUUGCACGGGAAGGUGUCACCACAGCAAACACGUCAAAGAAAACAAGAAAUACGCUGUCAGAAUUUCAAACGUCAUGAUGGAGUUUGACUCUAUAAGGAAAGAAUAUGAAAAAGCCCAAGAAGAUUCCAAGACAUAUUCCAUUUUAAUGGAUCAUCUUGACCAAGACCUGCAUGAGAUUGAGGACCAAAAGUCAAGUCUUCUGUCCGAAGGCCAGACCAUCAAGAAACUGUCUGAGAUUGCGUUAAAACCAGACUCUGCCUUCACUCUUCAGCACCUGGACUUCUUCAUCCCCAGAGUGAGAGAAGCUGGGAAAGAAAACUGGGUCCUAGAGCUGGAGGAGAUGAGGAGAAAAGCUGUAGCUGAUGAAGCCAAUAAAGAUGCUUUGAGUUAUCUUAAAGCUGGACUGACAAAACGCUUUGUGACAGGGAAAUGAUUGAACCCAGUAGAGUAAACAAAAAAGUAAAUGACUGCUGCAUGCCGUAACUGUAUAUGCAGGAGUUUCUAGAUAAACAGAAUGACUAAGUAAUGCAUACUAAAAUAUGAAAUUGCAUUGUCAAACAAUAUGUACUAUAUUACAUAUGAGAUUUAUGUUUUCGUUGUUGUCUAAUGUGAUACCUUCUUAUGGCAAUAAAAGAAAAGUGUCCUUGAA